UGCAGGGUCAGCCAUAUAAGGCAGCCCAAAGGGAGGGAUCCUGCCUGGCUCAGGGUGGGACUUGGGGAGCUGUGGGCAGAGCCCUGUGCUGCCCUGCACUCUCCAGGGACUCCAGGGUGUGCAGCAGCCGCCAGCAGAGGGAUCCGCCUGGACAAAAGGCUGUGAGUGACAGCAGGUGACAGGCUGGCAGCUCACACUUGUGUCACAGAGAAGCUCCAUGAUAACUGCACAAAGUCAUCUUACCAGCUGCUGGAGAGCCCUGGGCAGGGAGGACAUCCAAUCCCUCCUCCAUGAUUUUAAAUAUUGAUCAGAGGCAGCAAUACCCGUGUGCUGCUGCGGGAUGUCCUGCGGCGCUGGAGCAGCCGCGGCGUGCCCGGCGUGUAACCACCGUGGGGAGGAUCAAGGCUCUGCUCUCCAGCUGAGCACUCUGAGUGGAAACAGCAAAUCUGCUGCCUUGUUGGGAGUCAGGGGGAGCCUCAGCACCAUGCAGUAUUCUCCUGUGGCACUGAAGCCAGAGCCCUCUGUGGAUAAGGGAUCUGGGGGUGCCCAGAGCACAAAGGCUGCAGCCUGCUUGGACAGUGGAGCCAGCAGGGCUCGGACCCCAGAGUGCUUCCAGAGCCAAUAUCUGACCAAAACCAGCACCCAGGGACAGGUCUACAACUUCCUGGAGAGGCCCAGUGGGUGGAAGUGCUUUAUCUAUCAUUUUGCUGUAUUUCUCCUGGUGCUGAUUUGUUUGGUAUUCAGUGUGCUGUCUACUAUAGAGCACUAUUCUGAGUUUGCCAUUGGAACUCUUUUCUGGAUGGAGAUAGUUCUGGUGGUGUUUUUUGGGGCUGAGUACCUGGUCCGGCUGUGGUCUGCAGGCUGCAGGAGUAAAUAUGUUGGCUUCCAGGGAAGGAUCCGCUUUGCCAGGAAGCCAAUAUCCAUCAUUGAUCUGAUUGUGGUAGUAGCCUCAAUUAUUGUUCUGAGCAUAGGAUCUAAUGGACAGGUGUUUGCCACCUCUGCAAUAAGGGGGAUCCGCUUUCUCCAGAUCCUUCGGAUGCUUCACGUUGACCGCCAGGGAGGCACCUGGAGACUGCUGGGGUCAGUGGUUUUCAUCCAUAGACAGGAACUUGUAACCACGCUGUACAUUGGAUUCUUGGGAUUAAUUUUUUCAUCCUACUUUGUUUAUCUUGCUGAGAAGGAUGCAGUUGAUGAGGAUGGAAAGACAGGUUUCUCCAACUAUGCUGAUGCCCUUUGGUGGGGUGUGGUGACAGUCACAACAAUUGGCUAUGGAGACAAAGUUCCCCAGACGUGGAUUGGGAAGGCAAUAGCUUCCUGCUUCUCAGUGUUUGCCAUCUCCUUCUUUGCCCUGCCAGCUGGUAUUCUGGGGUCAGGUUUUGCCCUGAAAGUACAGCAGAAGCAACGUCAGAAGCAUUUCAAUAGACAAAUCCCAGCUGCAGCUUCCCUAAUUCAGACCCUGUGGCGCUGCUACGCAGCAGAGAAACCCUGCACUUCCACAGCCACCUGGAAGAUCUAUGUGACAGCUCCCCUGCAGAAUCCCAAAAAGUCUCCAGCGCCAUCUAGUCCUGGUCUGAGAAAACAGGCCAGAAGAUACAGAAGAAAAGGGAAGCUGGGCUGUGGGAAUGGUUCUGCCCCUGUAAUAAACCCAGGAGAAAAUUCCUUGUCUGUUCCCCAGAUCACUUAUGAUCACAUUGAUGAACAAGAGGACAAAAAAGAUGUGUCUUUCUACAUUGAUGAACCCAAAGUGAGAAGACGCUCGGAAGGGCACACCCCAGACAUGUCUCGGGCCAGCAGCUUCACUGAUGACAUCGACCUGGGACCCGAGGAGUCCCCGCUGCCAGCAGCAUCUGAUGUGGCACAACUGACUGAAGCACACAGAACAGCUGUGAAAGUCAUUAGGAGAAUGCAGUAUUUUGUGGCCAGAAGGAAAUUUCAGCAAGCUCGGAAGCCGUACGACGUCCGUGACGUGAUUGAGCAGUACUCCCAAGGACACCUCAACAUGAUGGUUCGCAUAAAGGAACUUCAAAGAAGGUUGGACCAAUCCUUGGGAAAGCCAGGUCUUUUCCUCCCAGAAAAAGGGGUAGACAAAGGAUACUACAGUAUAGGAGCCAGACUGAUCCGGCUGGAGGAUAAGGUCAUGCAGAUGGACCAGAAGCUGGAUGACAUCCUGAGCAGGCUGCAGGCUCAGCUGGGGGAUCAGCCCCAGGCACAGAUGCCAGGGCCAGCCACCCCACCUGUCAGACAUCCACAGAGUCCCCCCCAGUGAUCCAGAAAAUGGGAAAGCCACUGGACAGCCACAUGUGACCCCCUCGCUCUUUCACGUCCGCCUGUUUCUCAGUCUUGGUGUCUUCAGCUGUGCUGUGGGUGAAAUGAAAUAUUCUGCAGUAGUAGGUUAAUUAGAAAAAAAAAAAAAAUAGGGGAAAAAAAUAAAAAAAAAAAAAAGAAGAAGAAAAAAAAGAAUGGAAAAAAGGAAAAAAAAAAAAAAAAAAAGAAAAAGGGAAAAAAAAAAAAGGAAAAGAAAAAAAACCAAGAAGCCAGACACAACCUUAUGAGAGCACAUAAGUUUUGCACCUGUUUUAUUUUAGCCAUCAUUAGCUAAACUCUGCCAGCCCAGCUCCCAUCCCCCCAGCCCCAUUCGGGCUGAGCACACAGGCACAGGGCAUGCUGUUGGGGGAAGCAUCCCAGCCAGGGUUAGGAUGACCCAUUUGUGGGCACGGAAGGGGAAAAGAGCUGUUCUUUUGGCAUUUAAUCGCUAAGUUUAAUGCUCACAGCAUGCCCGAAAGGGGGAAAGGAGCCAGCAUUUGAACAUGAAACAAAUGGAAAUCAGUGAACAGGAAAAUUAAACAGCAUGUUUUGACUUCUACCAAGCAGUGAGGAUCAUAAGAAGGGCAGAUUUAUAUGCUAGUGCGAAUGACAAAGUAAAGACAACAGGCUACUGAUUAAAAAUAUGGAAGUGUACGCAGGCUGGUUGACAUAUGAAAGGCUGAAGCAGAGACUUGAGCUAAUUAAAGCAAAGGGUUGCCAGUGAGAUGAGAUGCAUGUUGGAACAGACAGGCAGGAGAGAUAGGAUCUGCGUAGGCUUACUUCACCAGAACACUGUAAUAGCUAUCAGCUACGCUGAUGACUGUUAUGCAAAAUGCUCUCCAGCUUUUACCUUCAUUCAGCAGCGGUUGUUGACUCCAGUUGCCUUAAUUUUAACAUAAGAAACCUGUAUGGUAAUUGGCUGUGAACUAUCUGCGAAGCUGGGUUCAAGAAGCAGGGCGCUGCAGGAGGGCUGCAGCUGUGAUUGAGAGUGGCAGGGCUCCUUAAAGAAAACAGAAAUGCUCGCUGUUGAUGAAAGUUAAUCGCUGUUUAAAUAAACUGCUGUAUAUGAUUUUAAAUGCUAGAUUUAUUUUUUGCCCGGUAAUCUGGCUGUAAAUCGAGUGCACAUGCUGGCUGAUGUGUGUUGUUGAGGAACACAUGUGGGGCAGGUAGCUGGGCUCACAAGCUGCAGGUGGAAAUGCAGAUUGAAGCACAGGUUAAGCUCUGGGUGGGAGCCCAGGGCAGGAGGAUGAACUGCCGACCUUUGGGAUGACAAAGGGCACAAAGGGAGGGGACACCCAGCCAGGUGAAUGGACACUGAGACACAGCAGCAGCCGGGAAUUGCCGACCUUUAGGACAACAAGGGAGAUGAAAAGAGUGACGGCAGCGAGGUGGAUGGACACGGAGACGGGGCAGGAGCCGAAGACUCGGGAGGAAGAGCGAGACUGGCCACGGGGAGACUGUGAUGGGAUAAAAUCCCAGGAGCAGCAGCUGGGGCUGUUUCUGUGUCACUGCCCCAGGAAUAAAUGGCUUUAUGGGGUGAGCCCUCUGGACUCUGCCAUGGCAAAGCUGGUGUGAUGUGAGUGGGGCCCCUGGAGCCGAGGAAGGGCCUUUGGUCCCAGAAAGUCUCUGACCUUGGCAGUGCCACAGCCAGAGAGUCCCGGGAAUGGCCUGACUGGGGAGCUCCCUUACCACAUCCCCCUGAAAUGGAUCUCACCUGAAACUUCAGAAAAGGGACAAUACGGCACUGUUGCUAAAGACCUAAAUAAUAAACCAAGCUAAAAUGGGUGCAGUGUUACUUACUUGAGUCUUUUUAAUAUAUUUGCAUAACCAACAAUUUGAAUGAGCAGAAGACUGCAGAGCAAAGACCUGAUUCCUGGGAAAUCCUAAAUAUAUUCUAUUCCCACUCAUAUCCGUGAAAACCAAGCCUGCAUUGCAUUUAAAAGCAACCUGAAAGACUGGUCCCUUAAUAAGCAUUUAUUUGGACAAAUGAGUGGUCCAUUUCAAUGUAAUCAAAUUAGUUUCUAACUAUUACCUGUCCCUUUAAAACUCUUUCCCAGGUUUGUGUGUCUGGGAAUUCAAGCUUGGAAAGAGCACAAUGAGACUGAUUCCAAUCUUUAGAUUGCAGGCGCGUCUUAGACAGAAUAUUAAUGAUGUGUGAGAGGCAAUAAAAAAAAAAAAAAAGAAACAAUGUGGU